AUAAUGAUUCAUUGACGCGGUUUGAAUCCACCCUAAAUCCACAGGCCGAGUUGGUAUAAGCCGUGUGGUCAAGCUUCUUUGCACUCAGUUUUACAACCAUCAUGGCUGGCAAUAUGUCUAACUCAAGUCAGUCUCAAUUUCUGGUACUUUUCUCUUGGGUGCUGAUAGCUUUUCUUGGAAACGUAACUGCCCAGGAAGGUGAGAUGGUUGGUUCCCCGUGCGAGGAGACAGUCGGAGGGCCACUAAACCUGACCCCCGAGGAUGCUGGAACGGUUGCUUUGAUUGCAUUAAUUGUACUAGGUGUUGUAGGAUUAAUACUCAUUGUGACGAUUGCUGCAAUGUGUGGAUACAGAGUCCAGGCCAACACACUCCAACGAAAACUUAGAGAUGUUGAAAUGGCGUCAAACUUGAAAAAGAACGGAGGACCGACAACCGUAGUCUACUCAGAGAUUGAUGACAUGGAUUUACCUCCUCCUCCACCCGAAACGACCCUCCCUCCUGAUGUGAAUGAGAACAAGACGGCGGCUGAUGAGGAUGACACCAAGCCGCCUGUAUGUCAGACUCCGCCCUCCGAGGUUCUCACAACUGCAGAUGUAUCAUCUGAGGCUGGGCUUGAUAACGAGGGUUACACGGAUGAGGCAAUUGAUGAGGCGUUAAAUGACAUGGAUGCAGCUGUAGACGAGUCGGAAACAUCACCAGAGAAAGCUGACGAGCCGGACAAUGAUGAUGCGGUAGAGCCACCUGCUGAGGCACCAGAGUCACCUGCUGAGGCUCCAGCUGAGGCUGAGGAGCCACCUGCUGAGUUACCAGAGGCACCUGCUGAUGAGGCUCCAGAGGCACCUGCUGAUGAGGCUCCAGAGGCACCUGCUGAGGCUCCAGCUGAGGCACCAGAGUCACCUGCUGAGGCUCCAGAGCCACCUGCUGAUGAGGCUCCAGAAGCACCUGCUGAGGCUCAAGAGCCAUCCGUUGAUAAUUGAGGCUCCACAAGGAGAGAACUGACGUGACAAAAUUUACUAUUUUAGUUCAUUGUGGUGAACAACCGUCCGAAACUUAUCUGUAUAUCUUGAUACUUAACUUGAUAUCUGUACCUCAGAAUGGUCGGGUAAACUGUAACCGCUCCAUCAGAUACUUUCGCGGGACUUAAAAAGGAUUUUUUAAACCGUUACUGUUGUUGUAUUGUCUGUGUUUUGAGAUUCCUCGUUCAUUUUCCCUCAUGUUUGACAGAAUUGUUUUUAAAUAAUUUAAAAUGUUAUUUUUAAAGUGCCACAUAAUUAUGUCCAUUGGUUGUUUUUUUUAAAUUUUAUCUCUGCUUUCAACCCAAAGGGCAGAAUAUAUAAAUGUACAUGUAGAUUGUGUUUCGAACCAUUCACCUCAUUAUUUUAAAUCGCAUUUGAUUUGUUUUUCACCGUGACUCUAAAUGGGUAAAUUACAUACAGUAUCAUGACGACACUUUGUGCACGUAUGACCUCAAUGGUGAUCAAUCAUUGCAGGUGUAGGCACAUGUACAUGUGUUGAAAAACACGAAUUCGGAUAUAGGUAGACGAUUGAUUAUAAACUAUGUUUGCGAGUGACGAUGAGCGUGCCGAUAUUUACAGUGUCCUCAGUGAAGUAUAUGUACAUGUAUCGGUUAUUCAUCCUGUUUUGGUGGGAUGAUAUAAAAUACAUUGUGAGUAUACAUGGACAUGUGCAACCCAUGUAGAUGUACUUUGUCGUGCUUCAGAAACGUCUUUGUUGCAAAAGACAAGGAUAAACACCAGUAAUUAGUUUCUUGAGAUGGUAUAGAGAGAGGCAAGGAUGUUAGGGACAAACAGACGUAAAUGCAAAUUUCUCAAGAUAUUUGGUACAUUGUUUACAUCUCUCGUCAUUCGUGGCUUAAUUUAAAACGAAUCUUUUGAAUUUGAUUUGGGAGAGGUCCUGCGUGGAAAUGGGAUCAGAUAAAUUGAUCUUGUAUUUUAUUUAGUGCGGCAUUUGAAUAUAUCUAUUUCAUUGUAAACGUGCUUAAUUAUUCUUCAUUGUAACCAAUAGUAUCCUAGAGACUAAAUUUCAGAAGAUUCAACGACUCUUUCGUGUGACAUCUAUUUAUAGUGGCUA